UAUUUCAACGGCAGAUUGUUUUUGGAUAAGGUCCGUCUGAGAGGAGUCUGUGAAGAGUACUGGGACUGAGAGAAGAAAAGAUGGCAAGAACCAGCAACUUCCUCUCGACAAAAAGCAUCAACACCCCAAUUCCAUCUCCCUGUACUGAAUCUAAACCCUUCAAAUUCCCUCCUCGCACCUUCAAAAUCGAAGCUGCUUCUUCAAGGAAAAAUGAUGAUCUGAUAUUGAGAAGAGGCUCAAGAACCCCACGCCGUCUUAUCAGCAUUUCAACAUCAGAUGGGAGAUGGCAUGGUAGAUGGACCUCUGACUAUGUUUAUUCUCUGGAAGAGCUGAAGCUGGCAGAUCUAGCAGAGGAUGGGCAGAAAAAUGCAGAAGUCUUGAUCAGCCUCAACAUAGACAAGCAUGCAAGCUUUGGGUUUUCUGUGAAUGGAAGGAUAGUCACAUCAUUCAUUAGCAAAUGCAGCUGCUGCUCUUCUUUAUACUGCAGAGAGAUUGAUACGAGUUUUGAUGUCUGGUUGCUACCAUCAAGUAGGGAUAAUCGUUCGAUUCAACUUCCUGAAAUUGGCGGAGACGAUCCAUCAGUGAUCUAUGUAAAACCAGGAUGCGAAGCUGACCUUGAUUCACUGAUCCGAGAUACCAUUCGGCUUACAACCUCAGUAAAGGACACAUGCUCAGAAUCUUGCGAGAAAUCUGAACCUAAAUGGCGCUAUACUGGUGCAAGAGAAGCCCCCAUUGAUGGAAGGUGGUCAAGACUCCUGGAACUAAGGAAAGCAUUGUAGAAACAUACAUAUCGUGAGAAGGAUGGAAUACAAUCUCAUGAAAAUGGAAUCUAGUACGAUUCCACAUUUCAUGUCAAGAGUGUUACUCAAUGUAACAAUAAUGUAUAAACAAUCAAAAAAAAAAAAAAGUUACAAUGUGUAACUAUAUGUUGCAAAUAAUACAUGUGUGAUAACAAACAACCUUGUUCCCUGACUUCAACCUCCCUUUGUA